GUAGAGACAGAAACCGUUAAGAUUUGAAGCGGGCGAGGCGUUGAGUCAGAGGUGAUACCUCAGAGUUGGUGGCAGUAGCAGAAAAGUCGGUGGGGCGUCCUCGGAAGCCAAGUAGGCUUCUUUAGUGAGAACAUAGCAAAGAGAUAGACUUCUCAGCAGCUGCUCUCACCCUCAAGAAUGCCCUUCAAUGGAAUGCUAGACCCUGCUUUCCUUGCACUUUGCAGACAAAGACAUUUUUAUUUAAAAUGAGUCUGCAAGCCUUGAAGGGAGAAAAUAUUAGUGAUGGCAUAGGUGCUGAAAACUGUGCCAUGCUCAUCACAUCUCCAGAGCUCACAGGCAGGCCUUCUAUUCUUCGCCCAUCACAGAAAGAAAAUGUUCCACCAAAAGAAAUAAUGAAGUUUAUGAAGGUAACUUUUCAAACGCCUAUUCGGGAUCCUCAGACUCGCAAAAUCGUGAGUCCGGAUAUAAGGAAAAAACCUGAAACUUAUCCCUUAGUAGGUGACUGCAUUCCAGAGGAUCUUGUCUUGCCUCCAGUCAGUGCUGAGAAUCAACCAAUACUAAUAACAGAUAUUGAAUUAGUAAAAGAGGAGCUCAGCUUUGAUUCUCCAAAUGAUGUCAUGCCACAAAAAGACAGAACACACACUCCUGAAUCAUCUGUGUUGAAUGAUCCUGAUCCGUUCAAGAGCACCAGUGGGCUCCUCAAUUCCCCUAAAAAUCAAGCAGUGUCUCUUUUGCAAGUUUGCACUAGAAAAGAAGCAAAGGAUAGAAAUUCUAUUUCACUUUGUGAAGUUUAUCUGAAACCUGCAACUGAAGAUAAUCUGUCUGAGGAAACAAGCCAUGAACCAGCUAGUUCUUUCGACUUUACCUCAUUGCUAGAUAGUGAUUCUUCAAAGCAAAUAUUAAGCCUCAAUCAAUCUAUAAAACAAGAUUCAAACAGUGCUUGCAAAACUGAGGUGUUUUCAAUGGCACCUAUAGAAAAUAAUAUCUCACAGCCUGUGCUAGAAUCUGGUAGUUUUGGAAGUUUCAGUUAUUGUAAAAGAAAAGAAAAGGCCAAAGGUCAAACAAGCACUGGAACAGAAGAUAAUUCUGUCCCCAAAGCAGCAUAUAACUUCGAUUUUGAUAAGUUUGAUCCUAACUUCAACCCAUUUGGAGGUGGUUCCAAAUUACAGAAUUCACCUAACUGUUCUGUGUUCACCAUUGAGAAGAAUGAUACCCAAGAGGACAGUGGACUGUUCAAAGAAGAUUUUCUUGAAGCAGAGCAGCUUAAUUUCCCUGAGGAAUCAAAGGCUGUAGAAACAACAUUUGAAAAACAGGAAGAGAUUGCAGAGCUUGUUGCAACUGAGAAACAGGAUAUAACAAAAGUAGGAACUCAGACUGAACCUUCAAGUGAAUUGAUGAAUCAAAAUAUUGCGUCACCUGUGGUUUUAGUUCAACAAAGUUCUUUAUUACACGAGACUGCAAAUGAUAAAACACAGAAACCUUCACAUCAGACAGAAACUGUAAUGAAUGAAGGCAGCUUUUUGGAUAUAGACAAUGAAGAGUUCAGAUCACCCUCUGAUGUUCUAGAAAUGGACCUCGAAGUAGAUUAUCUGGAACAGUUUGGAACAUCCUCAUUCAAGGAGUCUGUUCUAAGAAAGCAAUCUCUCUACCUGAAGUUUGACCCUCUGCUGAGCGAAAGCCCUAAAAAGUUUGUUGAUGGUGCUAAGUCUACAGGAGCCGCAUUACUUCAAAAUGACAGACAUUCAAUAGCCAUGGCAGUAAAUGAAGUAAAAACAUCUGAUAAUCAUGAAGAAAAGCUUUUGGGGCUCGAUCUUCUUGGAACUCCCCCAGAUCCAGCCAAAACUCUACAAGACAUCCUAGUUGAAAAGAAUCCUUCAGUAUUCCCUUGUGCUCUGCCCACUGAGGCCAUUAUUGAAGUGCUGAAGUACAGUCAGAAAGACAUGGAUGCAGCUGUAGAAAAGGUUAAGCAUGAGAUGGAUGUUGUUGUUAAAAAGCUCACUUCUGAGGUUGAAGAAAAGCAAAGAGAAGCUUUGGAGUGGAAAAUGAAGCAUGACAAAAUUUAUAUUGAAAGUCAAGAAAUGGGAACAAUUGUUGCAGAGUUUGAAGGCACCAUUACACAAGUGAUGGAAGAGCGCGAGAGUCAGAAAGAGCUUUCAAAAAAAGAAUUGCAGAAAGUAGUUGAUGAAAAACAGCAACUUGUAUCUGACUUGAAUUCUAUGGAGAAAUCUUUCUCGGAACUCUUCAAGCGAUUUGAAAAACAAAAAGAGGCAAUAGAAGGAUUUCAGAGGAAUGAAGAGGCUCUGAAGAAAUGUGUAGAGGAGUAUCUUGCAAGAAUUAAAAAGGAAGAGCAAAGAUACCAAGCAUUGAAGGCACAUGCAGAAGAAAAGUUGUGCAAAGCGAAUGAAGAGAUUGCCCAAGUAAGAAGCAAAGCUAAAACAGACGUGUUGGCUCUUCAAGCCACUUUGCGCAAAGAACAAAUGAGAGUCCAGUCGUUAGAGAAAAGCAUUGAGCAAAAGGCAAAAGAAAACGAAGAACUCACAAAAAUCUGUGAUGACUUGAUUUCUAAGAUGGAAAAUGCGCUAGUCUGAACCAUCCCAUUUUUUCAUCCUGGUUCCUACUUCAGCCUUGGGAUGGUUGAUAGUGAAAUUUAAUGACCAUCUCUAUUUGCACUAGUUUAGCCUUAUUGUUUUUCUAUGAAAACUUGUAUAUUUUAUGCUGUUAUUUACAAAAAGCAAAUAGGUGCAUGGCACCAGUCUGCUUGCCAUUAUUUCUGUAAAUAAAACUGUUGGGUAUUAGGUUUAUUAUUUUUCACUGCCCUGGAUUGUAUCCCCACAAUCUUUUUCUCUUGAAUAUCCACCAAUAGACAUGGGAAGUCAUUUCAUUACAUUUUCACCUAUGGAGCCCAUUUAGGCCCAGGAGAAAGCGUUUUUCCCGUUUUUAAAAACCUCUUAUGGAUAUAAAAUGUUCUAUAGCAAAAACAGGGCAGAAUUCCCCUGCAUUUGAAGGCUUUUUUAUAUCACGAGAGCCAGAAUAAUAGCUGAAGUGCCUCAUACUGGUCCACUGUGCUCUGGAUCAAGAAUUUCAGGCGUUACCUGAUUUCUGUGCAGAAGCGAUGGAGAGAUGUUUUGACUGAUUAAAAAUAAAAUACAUUAUAUUAUUUGU